AAUUCACUUUGUUGUAACGUUAUAGUGGACAUUUUUAGGCACAAAACACACAUUGAGCGGAUUUUCAACAUGUGUUUUCGUCACACAUGUUGAAAUAUUAUAACAAUUGUCUUCGGAUAUACCGCUAACGAAUCUAACAAUGGCGGAAGUGGAGGAAGAGGGAAGGAAACCAAGUGAGGAAUUCACAGAUGAGUCUGAGGAGGAGGACAGCGAGGAGGAGCCCAAGCUGAAGUACGAGAGGCUCUCCAAUGGGGUGACAGAAAUCCUCCAGAACGACGCAGCCAGCUGUAUGACCGUCCAUGACAAGUUUCUCGCUCUAGGUACCCAUUUUGGAAAGGUGUUCCUGCUGGACAUCCAAGGAAAUGUAACUCAGAAGUUUGAGAUUAGUUCGGUGAAGAUCAACCAGAUCAGUCUGGAUGAAAGUGGAGAGCAUGUGGGCAUCUGCUCCGAGGAUGGGAAGGUUCAAGUAUUCGGCCUCUACACGAGAGAGGGCUUCCACGAGAACUUUGACUGUCCCGUCAAAGUGGUUGCGUUACACCCUCAGUUCACCAGAUCGAAUUACAAACAGUUUGUCACCGGAGGCAACAAGCUUCUUCUGUAUGAAAGAAACUGGCUGAAUCGCUGGAAGACGUCGGUUCUGCACGAAGGCGAGGGCACCAUCACUAACAUCCAGUGGAGAGCCAACCUGAUUGCAUGGGCCAAUAAUGUGGGAGUUAAAAUCUAUGACAUCAGCACAAAGCAGCGGAUCACCAACGUGUUGAGGGAUAACGUAGCUUUGAGGCCCGACAUGUACCCGUGCAGUCUGUGCUGGAAAGACAACACCACCCUUAUUGUCGGCUGGGGUUCUUCCAUUAAGAUUUGUGUCGUGAAAGAGCGAAAUCCUACUGAAAUGAGAGAUCUGCCCAGCCGCUAUGUGGAAAUAGUGUCUGCGUUUGAAACAGAGUUCUUCAUCAGUGGUUUGGCCCCGCUGGCAGAUCAGCUGGUCACACUGUUCUUUGUGAAGGAAAACUCCGAUCAAAUGGAUGAGGAGUUUCGUGCGCGGCCUCGUCUGGACAUCAUCCAGCCUCUCCCUGAGAGCUGCGAGGAGAUUUCCUCAGACGCGCUGACGGUGCGCAACUUCCAAGACAACGAGUGCAGAGACUACCGCCUCGAGCAUGCAGAGGGAGAGUCGCUCUUCUACAUCAUCAGUCCCAAAGACAUCGUUGUGGCCAAGGAGCGGGACCAGGAUGACCAUAUUGAUUGGCUGCUUGAAAAGAAGAAAUAUGAGGAGGCACUGAUGGCCGCAGAGAUCAGCUUCAAAAACAUUAAGAGACAUGAUGUUCAGAAAAUUGGAAUGGCUUACAUCAAUCACUUAGUGGAGAAGGGAGACUAUGACAGCGCUGCACGGAAGUGUCAAAAGGUUCUCGGGAAAAACAUGGAACUGUGGGAGAACGAAGUGUACCGGUUCAAGACCAUCGGACAGCUGAAGGCCAUCAGUCAGUAUUUGCCCAGAGGAGACCUGCGUCUCAGACCAGCCAUCUAUGAAAUGAUCUUGCAUGAAUUUCUUAAAACUGACUAUGAGGGUUUCGCCACUCUGAUCCGGGAAUGGCCAGGAGAGCUUUACAACAACAUGGCCAUUGUUCAGGCCGUCACUGAUCAACUGAAGAAGUAUCCCACCAACAGCAUUCUGCUCACCACGCUGGCGGAGCUAUACACCUACGACCAGCGGUACGACAGAGCCUUAGAAAUCUACCUGAAGCUGAGGCACAAAGAUGUUUACCAGCUGAUCCACAAACACAACCUUUUCUCCUCCAUAGAGGACAAGAUCGUCCUCCUCAUGGAGUUUGACAAAGAGAAAGCUGUUGACAUGCUUCUCGACAAUGAAGACAAGAUAUCAACGGACCGAGUGGUGGAAGAACUAGCAGACAGGCCAGAGCUUCUUCAUGUGUACCUCCACAAACUGUUCAAGCGGGACCACCACAAAGGCCAGAAGUACCACGAGAGGCAGAUCGGCCUGUACGCUGAGUACGACCGACCUAAUCUCUUACCUUUCCUGAGAGACAGCACACACUGCCCUCUUGAGAAGGCUCUGGAGAUUUGUCAGCAGAGGAACUUUGUAGAGGAGACCGUGUUCCUGCUCAGCAGGAUGGGGAACUGCAGACGAGCCCUGCAGAUGAUCAUGGAGGAGCUGGAGGACGUGGACAAGGCCAUAGAGUUUGCUAAAGAGCAGGACGACGCAGAGCUGUGGGAGGAUCUCAUCUCUUAUUCUAUUGACAAACCGCCUUUCAUCACGGGCCUCCUCAACAAUAUCGGCACUCAUGUUGAUCCCAUCCUGCUCAUCCACCGCAUAAAGGAAGGCAUGGAGAUCCCAAACCUCAGAGAUUCACUCGUGAAAAUCCUCCAGGAUUACAAUCUACAGAUUCUACUAAGGGAAGGAUGCAAGAAGAUCCUGGUGGCCGACUCUCUGUCCCUCCUCCAGAAGAUGCAUCGAACACAGAUGAGAGGAGUCAGAGUCGAUGAGGAGAACAUUUGUGAGUCAUGUCACGCUACAAUAUUACCCUCAGACAUGGCCAAACCCUUCAAUGUGGUGGUGUUCCACUGCAGACACAUGUUUCACAAGGAAUGUUUACCAUCUUCAGGAACAAUUCCUGGGGUGCAGUUUUGUAACAUCUGCAGCGCAAAGAGACGAGGACCUGGAAGUGGAAUCCUCGAGAUGAAAAAGUAACAAGGAUUCGUGCACUCUCACUGUUAUUAUUGAUGCUUUAUGUCUCAUUUUCCCCUGGCUUCCCCGGUGCAAUGAUCAAAGAAAAUCACUUUCCUCCAGUUGCUGAACUAUAUGCGGGCAAAAAUGCUAAACAUAUCCACUGGACCGUCUGUGUAUAUUUGCUCCUAACAACUGUUACGUGCUGUGCUUGUUCUGCUCGCCACUAAUGUUGGUGAUGAAAUGUCUGAAAAAUAAAAUCAUGUAAAAACUCUA